AUGACGAUGAUGGCGACGGAGCGAGAGCUCCUGGUAGCGGCUCCAACCAUCAAAUGGCGCUUGGGGAGCCGCCAGACGCUGCGCUCACGUCACGAUCUGGAACUGCGCGGCCUGCUGGCCAAAGAGACGCAUCCUCUGGCGUCUUUUACCACUCUGGAGCAAGCCGAUUUGGUGGAUUUAAAGAUUAUGGCACGAAGAAGCGGUGGUGGAGAGACUCCGGAGCUUGUGGUGCUGCAAGAUGGAGAUUUGGACCCGUUGGGAUACAAGUGGAAGGAGCACACCGAUCGUUUAUUGGCCAAAUAUGCGGACCACACGUUCAAAAUCAAAGCGAGCAUGCUCGAAGUGAAUGACAUCGAGAACGAGAUCUCGUUCGCUCCCAAGAGUGACUAUCAGAAGGCCGACGACCCGGCAGAGGCGUCAGUUAUCAAGAAAACUCGCGCUCGGUUGGAGCAGCUGGAACGAGACCCCGACAGGAACGAUCCUUCACCCGAACAAGACGAAAAGACCAUUGAAAUCUCCCAGAGUCAAUAUGUGGCUAAGGUCAAGGAGAUGCAAAAGAGACUGAUUGCGAGUUGGGAGCACAAUCACAAAGUGGAGGCGCUCAGGAUUGCUAUCAAGUGCGUCAAGCUGCUCGCAGACGCCGAUACAGCUCCUCAAUUGUACCCAUGCGUGUUUGUACUGGUGAGUGAAGUGCUUGACGCUUUCGGAAAACUCGUGUUCGACCGCAUACACGCACGAGCGUCCGAGGGCGACAACGGGCAGCCUCUUCCAGAGCCUUUAAGUGACCAUUUCAUGAGCUCUGAAAUCAACAUCCAAGCCACUGAAACAUGUCGCAACUGGUUUUACAAGACUGCGUGUAUCCGAGAGCUGCUACCACGAAUUUAUAUCGAAAUUGCGUUGCUCGGCUGCUACCGCUUUCUGUGUGAUGGCGAGUACCCGCAGAUUGUAGCACGGCUGUCAAAUAUGAUCAAAGGCGUUGGAGAGCCCAUGGUCGCGUUAUAUGCGCGUCUGUAUCUGGCGUUAACCAGCUCGGAGCUGCUGGGCACAACGUCCCCAGCAGAGCAGACCAUCGUGGUGAACAGCAGUUUAUUCGACUACUUCUACGCCUUCAACUGGUUCCGUCAAAAGAAGCUCGAGCACUGGCUGCUAACGCACAAAAUGGAGUACGAUGAGUAUCUGGCGCUGCAUUCUCCUGCCGUCGAGUGGCUCGUGAAAUGCGCAGCUCCAGGGGCCUCUCAAGACUCGUUUGACACGCUAUUGGCGCAUUAUCAAGAGUAUUCCUAUAGCUCCAUGGUGCUCAAGCACUUGUGCGAGUGUUUUGGAGCCACAUUCUACGUGUCAACUCCCUCCGAAAUGCUGGAGUUGAUCCGCACAGCGUCUCCGUCGCUCAUCUCCCAGUGCCAUCUCUACAGCCUCGUGGCUGUGCAGCUCAGCAGUGUACCAGCUAUUGCAGAGAACGAAGCAGGUGGAAAACUGCAAUUUCUGAACGAUUCGUGGUCAGCCAUCACGUCGCAAGAAGAUAUCACGCAGUACAUGGAGUGCGCAGCAGCCUACAUGAAGCUCAUCGUCGCUCACUUCUCGCAUCGAGAGGCGCUGAUCUUACUGAAAGAUGUCGUUCGCCACCUGAACGCAGCAACACCCGAAGAACUCACAGCCAAGACGUACAAUCUACUCGGUGCGCUGAUCGAGAACGUGGUCUUCGGUGCCCAACAGCAUUACGAGUUCUUCUCCAAGCUCAUUCCGUCGACAUCUUUCCUGGCUCUAAUGGGUAUGUUUAAGCGGGAGUCGAGUGUGAAUGUGGCCAAGAAAGUGUUGCGAGCGUUUGUUGGCGGCAGUAUGAAAAAAUCCUGUCGGCGAUCCGGCACUUUACGGCUCCAUGUCGUUGGCCCAGAAGCUGCUGUGGCACACACACUCUUGGUUGUCUGUUGUCGUGUCCAUGACGCUCUCGACUCUCUCAGUACUGCGUCUGAACGUGCUGAAGCCAACCGAGAUAUCUCGGCAUUUAUUACGCGACUUGGAUACGUCAAUGAGGCUGCGAGUGAACGGGCACAAGACGAGCAACAAGAAGCAUUGCUCAUGCUGUACACAGACUGUCGUCGUGCUUUCUACAAGUUAGAACCGAUCAAGAUGCUGCUAUCCUCGAUGGCUCUUCGACUUGCCAUGCACGUCCAUAAGCGCAUUGGUGGUGGAGCAUCUGUAGAUGGCGCCAAGAAGCGUGUUCACACCCGACUGAAUUUCAUCCAAUCGUGCUUGGCGUUCGCUCACAUCACGAUCCCGUCGAUCGAGGCUUCGCUGGAGAAGCUUCGACUUCUGGUCUCAGCGGCGAAUGUGGCGCUUGUGGCCAAUUGUAUCCCUCAGAUGGACGCGCUAGUGAAAGCUGCGAUCGUGUUGCUGGCAGAUUUGGACCCAAAUGCUAUUAUCGCUCAGUUGAUGAGCAUGCUUGUCUACGCUCCGUCGCUGAACGACGAAGACGCCUUCUACUUUGUAUCCGCCCUGCGUAAAGCUGUACUUGAGCGAAUGACAUGGACCUCGAGCUCUGCUUUAUCGUAUCGCCUUGAAGCGGGCGUUGCUCACGUGCGUGUAUUGCUGAUGCUGGUGCAGCUGUACGCUCUGUGGGGACAGAAAUCUCUUCCUGGUCGUCUGGAUGGCGUGGACUCGAACGAUGCACUGUAUGGAGGUGAUGACGUUUUCUCUAAUGAGGUGCAGAUGCGCUUCAGCUCGAGUGUUGAGGAAGUGGCGAGGGAAAUUGAGGCACUGGGUGAGGUAAAUGAGGGAAAUGACAGUUCGGGAGACACUGAGCGAGUCAUGGCAGCGCAGAUUGAACUCAUGCUGGACUUUGUCAACCUAGUGGCUCCUGUACUUGAGUACGACGAGUCUCGACUCGUCGAUUCUUUUCCAGCAGAGGAAGAUGCCGGUCGAAGUGGCAGACGCCGCAAAAGGCCUCGAUCUGGCGUCGCGUUGGUGCGUAAGUGCAUGACGUAUAGCCACGAGAAAGCGCAGACGCUCAAGCAGACCAAACCCAGGGACAUGUCCACCAGUCAAAUGCAGAUGACCACGUGGAUCUGCCGCUACUUCGACAGCACGCGCGUGUACGUCGCCGAGUUCCUGCAGGGAAUAGCCAAGCGAUCCGCCGGUCUUCGACUGGACGCCACCAGCCAGCAGGCCGUCCAAGGUCUCGCAGACGCACUCGAGAACCUCGCACUCGCGGCGUAG